UCUGGCGGGGCCGAGUAGGGCCGUCGCGCCGCGCCGCAGGUGUGCGCGCGGAAGAGAGAGGACAUCCCGGGGGAAGGAGACGGGAAGGUGGUUCCUAGGGAUUUCCAGGUCUUGUGAGCUCUGGAUCUGUGGCGUCUCCUGUCUGUUCCUUCUUCUCAGAAAAUGGCCUGUACAAUAGAAAAGAUCUUGACAGAUGCAAAGACAUUGCUGGAAAGGCUGAAAGAUCAUGAUAAUGCUGCUGAGUCUCUCAUUGAUCAGUCCACCAUAUUGCAUAAGAAAGUAGUGGCCAUGAAAGAAGCUGGUACAAAUCUUUCACACAAGUAUCAAGAAGAUGCAGCUGAGCUAAAGGAUAUCUCUAAAUACAAACCUCACAUUCUCUUAUCUCAGGAAAACACUCAGAUCAGAGAUCUGCAGCAGGAAAACAGAGAGCUAUGGAUCUCUUUGGAAGAACACCAAGAUGCACUGGAACUUAUUAUGAGCAAAUACAGAAAACACAUGCUGCAGCUCAUGAGGAAAAGAAAAGAUGUGGAUGCUCAGUCAGUUUUGCAAGUACAUCGAACUCAGUCCGUGGAAACAGAGAGUCAGAUUGACAGGAUCUGUGAAAUGGGAGAGGUUAUGAGAAAAGCAGUUCAUGUUGACAGUGACCAGUAUUAUAAAAUACAAGAAAAGCUAGCACAGUUAGAGCUUGAAAAUAAGGAGUUGCGAAAAUUAUUAUCGAUCAGUAGAGAAUCUAUUGAGUUGCCUGAUCAUGCAUCUCAAGCUACAAAACCUCAGUCUUGGAACAGUUGAUCUUGGAAAUUGGUAACUCUACUGCAGGAAUGUGAAUGCUUCCUUUCCAAGCUGUCCUUUAAUUCCCUUUGGUCUUCUCUUAGAUACCAUUCCAAGCCUGUAACUAUAUUGUAAAUUCUGUUCUUAGGGAAGGAAUGUUGAAAUGGCCCCUUCUUUUGAUUAAGAUUUGUUCUGCUUAAUCAUGCAGAAGAGUGUAGUAAAUGUUUUCUUCAGGUUACCCAUGAUUUUAGAAAUCUCAGUUGGAUAGAGCAAGGAUCAUCUUAGCUUUUCCAGUGUGAGCAAAUUACAUAAAGUCAAAUCUUUCAGCAUGACUUUAAUUUCAUUGGAAUUUUGUUCUUAAAUGUGUUUAAGAUGCACUGUUGUACAAACCUUAGGUACUCCCAUUCCUAAUGCUAGAAUUUCUGCUUCUAGCAUUGUUUGGUGCCACAUUUCUUGUAUCGUUUAGAAAUAGACUGUCAUAUUACCUAUUGCCUAAUAUCAACAAAUACAGAAAAUAAUACACAAUAUUCUGCCAAAGUGUUCUUUGAAUCCUCAUUCAUAUGACUGUUUCACACAGGAGAUGUCUCUUUGGGUUAUAACAAAGUCUGAUAUUUCUGCCUACCUAGAAUGCUUCCAUGAAUAUGCUAAUCCAUUAUGGGGCAUAUCCUCAUUAGUUCAUUUUUUUUUGUCUUUGUCAGUAUCUACUUGAUCAAGGAAUCUGUCUCUAAUUUCUUGUAGCCACAUUAAGCCCUUGUGCAUGGAUAUCAAGGAGAGAUGUGCGGAAAACAUGUCUUUGUUAUAUCCUAUGAAGAUUACUCUGUGUGCAGGCAUUUGCACAAAUAAGAAAUAUGCCCUACAUGUUAUUCCUGUAAAAGCUGAAUUUACUUAUUUUUGCAAGCCCCUGCCAGCAUUUUAAAAAUUAUUUUUUUGAAGGAUUGAUGAUUGAAGACACUGUCUCCAUAAGUAUACCAAAUAUUCAUUAAUAUUAUUACUUGAGCUUUUAAGAAGGUGUUGGUAAAAUUGUCUUCAUCCUGAACUUUUUCAGAAAAAAACAUCCAUUGCAUUGAUUUGAACAGUCAUUAAAACAGUAAGUUAUAAACUGACUGUCUAGGAUUUCAGCUAAAUCAUAUUUUCAUUUUCAGGCUUUUAAAAUUUAACAUUUUUGUUUCUUCGUUUGCUUUGGCCUUACAAGCUACUUGACAACAUCCUAUACCUGAUAGAUUUAAUGACUGUAUUAUGAGGGAAGACAGACUAAGCCAUCUAAGCUUGUGUAGUCAUGUAUCUAUAUGAAUGUCUUCAUUCUGAUAGCAUAAUCCAAGAUUGUCUGUUGAGCAUAUUGGUAAUAUGUUGUAAAUUGGAAAUGUCUCUCUUCUAAAAUUUCUUAGACAAAAGAAAGUGUUCCUGCUUCUCUGAACAGGAUCUGUGAAAUUUAUAUAUAUUGUCCACACCUAUUCUUGCUGUCCAGGUUUAAUCAAGCUUUAGGAAUAAAACUAAAAUAGUCAACUCACGUCAUUUUUCCUGUUUCCUACCUUCCACAUAAGUUUGGUGGAAAGGAGUGAUAGGCUAAUUGAUCAAAUUCGUUUGAGGGUAUUUUCAGGCCCUCACACUGGGCUGAGCAGACAAAAAAAUUACUAAAAUGCGGGCCAUAUUUGCAUAAUGCAAUCAGCUGAACAAACUCAGUAUCUUUGCAGUGUUAUGCCUUAAAUACAUGCCAUCAGUGCCAUCUUCAGAAUCAAGCUCUUGUAAUGAGCUGCAAUUUGCUCAGUCUCUAUAUAAGCUCUAGAUUAUUUUAUAAACAUCCUGUAGGAUGUAAAUUUAAUUACCUACAGAGGUGCUGUGCUGUUGUUUACUGUCUUAACAGCCUGUUCUAUCCAGUAAAUUGAAAAUAUUCUCUUUACCUCGCAUCUUAUUAAAUAUGUACUGUAUAUUGGCUCACUAUUUCCUUGAAGUAAAUGUUUUGAGGCAGUAUUGUAUGUUAAGGCUUUUUUUGUAUAGAGAAUUAUUUAUGGCAGAGGAUGAGGAACUAUUGGUCUUUUAGAUGUUGUUGUACAGCCCCAGCCAUCAUGGCUGAUAAUUAGGGAUACUGAAACUGUAGUUUUUCACAUGAAAAGAUCCAUAGGUUCUCUCUCCUUUGAUGUUUUUGGACAUAUUUUAGAUUUGGCUGAUACCAAAAUUUUCUGGUCAAAUGCUUGGACGUUAGAGUUACAUUCUGUAUUAAAAUUGUAAAUUAGGUUUAAUAAAGAAAUACCAUAGCUUCACAUUACUGAAAAUCAUAAGUUGACUGUGAAUUGAGGACAAAUGGAACACUCCUCAAAUACUGUGAUCACCUUGUAAAUUCUAGUUUGUAAGAUUCAUAUACUGUUUUAACCCUCCUUUAUUUACUAAGCCAAAACCAAACAAGCCAUAUUAUAACUUAGCAGAAAGAUUUUUUUUUCACACAGCCACUAAAUACAUUUAUUGUUGCCUUCUAUUAUGUAUCAAAUUGUUUUCUUCUGCUCCUCAGCCUUACAGUCACGUCCCCUAAGCAACAAGCUACAUGUUCCCUGUCACCAGAAGCAGGUUUGCCUACAUUUUUAUAAGUAUGCUCCACAUACCUGAGCAUUAUUUUGCAAGAACUAGGCUACUGCUAGAAUAAAACUGUCUCUGUGUUAGAAAAUAGCAAUUCAGUUAAUAGUUAAUAGUCCACAUUGCAAUUGCCUGUUUUACAAUUGUCAUAAUGGCUCAGACCCAAAAUAUAGCAUGUUUGGUUCUGCACUCAUGUUUAUUUUCUGCUUCUCUUAUCCUGAAGAUUAAGCAGAAGCAGUGACCUUUGAAUUUGGGGAGAGAACCCCAUUAAGCUUGCAGAAAGGCUGGCUACUCAUUGCAUGGCAGCUCUCUGGACACAGUUUUAGGAUUGAUUCAGAGAAAUAAAAUUAUAAUAUAGAUAAGAUGGAGGUAAUAGGGAUAGAGAAGCCUGAUGACCAGGAGGAAUAGGGCAACCAGUUCUGAAUGGAUUUUGAAGGCAAAUGAUGAGCGAUUGCUUACUUCUAAAAUAGUUACUACGUAGACAUGGCCAGUCAAAAACAUUCAUUUAUUGGAUGUUAGAUGGCUUCCCAGGAUAUUGCCUGCCACCCCAGUUUUAUCACUGACAUUUCUAUAAAUAUAUGUGCUAAAAGUAUGUGCUUGGCUUGUACGCCAGAUUAUUUUUUUCAAAGAGGCUGAUGGGGCAGAGAGCCUGGUGAGUACCAAUGGAAGUGUCUUGGGUCAGAGUGGUGCCCAAGGGCAUUACUACUCCACCCUGUGUCAAUAGCAGUCAUCACUAUUGGAUAGAGUAUAAUAGUAUCCUGUAAAGUUGUGUCAUAGUGUUUUCUUAAAUCCAAUUAAGUUUGUCUUAUACCAUGUUUGGUUGCUAUUUGGUAAUUAUUGUAGUAGAGUUGUAAGUUAAAUAUGGUGCAAUAUUCUGAUUCAAUUUUAUUUACUUCAGGAUCUUUAUUCCCUGGUGUCAAUCUAGGGGUAGCCUUCCAUAUGAUAUUGACUAUAUCUCACAAUGUACAUAAUGGUGGUAAAAGCCACAAUUUGCUUGAUUAGACCAAUUUUCUCAGUUUGUAUGAUGCCCUGAACAAUAAGUUAACCAUUGGAGCUGAAUUUGCAUAUCGCACUAAGAUAAAGUGUGCUUGGUUAGAUCAGUGUUUCUUACACUAUGAUCCAUAGAACAUCAGGGUUCCCAGAAUAACUUGAAGGUGUUCCAUGAACUGAUUUCAUUGUGCCGCCAAAUGCCUUGGAACGCCACUCUUUGGAGUGGACCGAAGCUCAACAAUAGCACUUUAUAGAAGUAGCCUGUGCAUUUUGACAGCUCAGGAAGAACUUUAUCAGGUACAAGGGAUGAAUGAAAAAUAAUACCUGCACUUCUAUUACUUUAAGUUAUAGUUUAAAUACAGAUAUUUUAAUAAAGAGAAAAAUAA